GUCUUUUACCUUUCAAAUAUUCCAUCCAUCAUAUAUAAAGUAGCAUCCAACCUUCGAUUAUUUUACAAUCUAUAAAGAGCCAUCUUUCCUCUACUUCCUGAUGCAUCCAUGGAUACAGAACAGAGAAAAGCUCAAGUGACUGAGUUCUUCGUCCGAAUGGACUGCAAUGGCUGCGUGCAGAAGAUUAAAAGAGCUUUGCAUAACCUUGAUGGCAUAUAUGAAGUAUACAUCGAUGUAGCUCAUCAAAAGUUGACAGUGGUGGGUAGAGUAGAACCUGAAAAGAUUGUGAAGGCCAUUAAGAAGACAAGAAAGAUUGCCACUAUUUGCACGCCCGCAGAGGCUACCACCGAGCCGAGCAGCUCAGAGACUCCACCAGCUGAACAGGAAGCAAACAGCACUGAAUCAACUAAUCAAGCCCCAAUUGAGGCCGCACCACCAUUGGAUCCACCCAAAGAAACCACACCUGCAGAAAACAAGGGCCCAGAUGUCAAGCCAGUGCCUGAAUCCAAUGAGGCAUCCACUUCAAAGCCUAAAGCUGCGGGAGAAAUCCAUAUGGUUCAUCACUACCCUCACAACGAUAACUAUAUUAUUCACAGUUACAGCAAUUACAGACCUUCUUCCUCCAUUACAGAAUAUCUUUACAACAGGGAAGCUCCUCAAAGGUCAGAGGGACCUGAUUAUUACCACAAACAACUUAGUGGAGAUGGAGGCCACAUUACUUCUAUGUUCAGCGAAGAGAACCCAAAUGCUUGCACGAUAGUAUAAGGUGAAAGACAAGGACUUGGACACUUGUGAGCCAGAGCAACACUUCUUUACGUUUUGAUUCAGGAAGGUAUUGUCAUUAGGAAUAAAAUAAUGUAGAGGAUAAAAGAUAGAGAUAAUACAAGUUGUGUAAGUGGAUAAAAGAGAAUUAGAUGCUUAGAUUAUGAAAGUAGAAAACAUUCAACAUGUGCCAUCAACUCUUAAGGAUCUUUUGA